CCGAACUGUCAUUUUUUAUUCUAGAUUCUCAACAGACGAUGACAGCCACUGCAAUGACUGCCCCAAAAUCUCCAGCCAAAAAGAAGGCCAAACUGUGCAAAGUCACUGGUGCCAGGAAAGCACAUGCGAAGGGUCUGCUGACAGACGCCAUGUGCCGACAGAAGACUCAGCAGGAUGUAUUUAACAUGCAGCUUGAGGUCCUUGAGGCAACUCUUGUUACGCAGAAGGCCACAACACGUACUCAGGAAGUUCUUCAGAAAGAGGCUGGCGUUCGAAUAGAAAAGCUACAGCUGGAGAUUGCUCUGCUGAAGGAAAAGGAGUUCUUGGGUCUGUCGGGCAUUGAACUGUAAAUUUAUGUGUAAAUAGUAUCU